AUGGUCGUAUUGAAGUCAGACCCUGCAGCAGAGUACUCCGAGUUUUCGGAUGACUGCGUGUCUGCGGUCUCUAACACCAGCAGCAGCUCGUCGCAACCUGAGUCCGAAUCCUCUUACUCGGUCUACAAGUACGACGAGGUGCCAGAAAACAAAUCGUGGGCGUCCACCAUCCCAACCGCAAAGGGUCUUUACAACCCGGAGUACGAAAAAGACAACUGUGGUGUCGGUUUCGCUUGUCAAAUAAAGGGCCAGGCCUCUCACAAAAUCAUAUCCGACGCCAAGUACCUCCUUUGCAACAUGACGCACAGAGGUGCCGUCGGUUCCGACGCAAGAGACGGUGACGGUGCAGGUGUAAUGACCUCCAUCCCUCAUAAGUUCAUGCAGAGAGAGUUCGAUUACCACUGCAAGGUGCAGUUGCCUCCUCCCGGCCAGUACGCCGUCGGUAACCUGUUCUUCAAGAAGGACGACGAGAUUUUCCAGAAGUCGAAGUCCACCUUCGAGAGCAUCGCCACCUCCUUGGGGUUGAGAGUCUUGGGAUGGAGAGAGGUCCCUGUGGAUUCCUCCAUCCUCGGACCAGCCUCCUUGUCCAGAGAACCAAAAACACUACAGCCUUUGAUUGUCCUUCAGGAAGCCUACGGCUCCUCAAACACCCCUCUCGACGUCUCUGAGGAGGAGUUUGAAUCUAAACACGAAAAACUUUUCGAAAAACAAUUAUACAUUCUUAGAAAACAGUCCACCCACACUAUCGGCCUACACAAUUGGUUCUACAUUUGCUCCCUCUCCAAUAAAAACAUUGUCUACAAAGGUCAGUUGGUGCCAGUGCAAGUCUAUUCCUACUACCACGAUCUUGUGAACGCAGACUACGAAUGUCAUUUUGCCUUGGUCCACUCAAGAUUCUCCACAAACACUUUCCCAUCAUGGGACAGAGCCCAGCCUUUGAGAUGGGCUGCUCACAACGGUGAAAUCAACACUUUGAGGGGAAAUAAAAACUGGAUGAGAGCCAGAGAAGGUGUCAUGUCCUCCAAGCUCUUUGGAGAGGACAUGGACAAGCUUUAUCCAAUAAUUGAAGAAGGUGGCUCGGAUUCCGCUGCCCUCGACAAUGUCUUGGAGAUCUUGGUUAUAAAUGGCGUGCUUUCCUUACCCGAGGCUGUCAUGCUCUUAGUUCCGGAGGCUUGGCAAAACAAUGCUACCAUGGAUCCUAAAAAGAGAGCUUUCUACGAAUGGGCUGCAUGUCUAAUGGAACCUUGGGAUGGUCCAGCACUUUUCACCUUCGCCGAUGGUAGAUUCUGUGGUGCGAAUCUCGACAGAAACGGUUUGAGACCUUGUAGAUACUACGUCACGGAUGACGAUAUCAUGAUCUGCGCAUCCGAAGUCGGUGUCAUUCCAAUUGAGUCCAACAAAAUCGUUAAGAAGGGGAGACUACACCCUGGAAGAAUGUUGUUAGUUGACACUAAGGAAGGUAGAAUUGUCGACGAUAGAGAGUUGAAGAAGCAAGUCGCCAACAGAUUCGAUUUCAAGGCAUGGAUCUUGUCAAACAUGAUCACUGUUCCUGAACUUUUGACCAAGUUGGAAAACAGAGGUUUUAAUUUGCAAUCGAAGGUAGACUCCGAUGUGAAAAUCAAACAUGAUCCAAAGUUAUUAGCCAAUGGUUAUACCCUCGAACAAGUGUUGGCAAUUCUAGUUCCAAUGGUUAAUGGCGGUAAGGAAACUUUGGGCUCCAUGGGUAAUGAUUCUGCAUUGGCCUGCUUGUCCCAGCAACCAAGAUUGAUCUACGACUAUUUUAGACAGUUGUUUGCUCAAGUUACCAAUCCUCCAAUCGACCCAAUCAGAGAGAAAAUCGUCAUGUCUUUAGAGUGUUAUGUCGGUCCUCAGGGGAACCUUUUGGAAAUGAACCCAGUGCAGUGUAACAGAUUGAAGAUGACUUCUCCAAUUCUGUCCAAUGACGAAUUGUUGGCUCUCACUGAAAUAAAUAAAGUUUAUCCAAAAUGGUCUGUCACUAAUAUCGACAUCACAUUUGACAAAUCUGAAGGUUUAACUGGUUAUACCGAAGCUUUGGAUAGAAUUUGCGCGGAAGCCACCCAGGCAAUCAUUGACAACUCCCAAAUCAUCAUCUUAUCUGAUAGAAACCUCUCUGCUACUAAGGUUGCUGUCUCUGCCCUGAUUGCAUCUGGUGCAGUCCACCACCAUUUGGUCAGACAGAAGCAAAGAUCGAAGGUUGCAAUCAUUGUCGAAACCGCAGAAGCAAGAGAAGUUCACCACUUCUGUUGUUUAGUCGGUUACGGUGUUGAUGGUGUCAACCCAUAUUUGGCAAUGGACACCUUGAUCAAGUUAAACAAUGAGAAACUUUUGACCAAGGAAUUUACCAACAGAGAAAUCAUUGACAACUAUAAACAUGCAAUCGAUGACGGCCUUUUGAAAGUCAUGUCCAAAAUGGGUAUCUCCACUUUGGCUUCCUACAAGGGAGCUCAAAUCUUUGAGGCCUUGGGUGUCGAUAACUCUGUCAUCGACAGAUGCUUUGCGGGUACCGCUUCUAGAAUCAAAGGUAUCACCUUCGAAUAUAUUGCUCAGGAUGCUUUCUCGUUACACGAAUUGGGUUAUCCAUCCAGGGAUACUAUCAAACCAAAGGGUCUGCCUGAAUCCGGUGAAUACCAUUGGAGAGACGGUGGUGAAUCGCAUGUCAAUGAACCUGCUGCAGUUGCUAACAUUCAGGAUGCCGUCAGAAACAAAAACGGUAAGGCUUACGAAGCCUACUCCAAAAAGGAAUACGACGCCAUCAAAAACUGUACUUUGAGAGGUCUUUUAGAUUUCGACUUUGAGAACUCCUCCUCUGUGCCACUCGACCAGGUUGAACCUUGGACUGAAAUUGUCAGAAGGUUCUGUACUGGUGCAAUGUCUUACGGUUCUAUUUCCAUGGAAGCGCACUCUACCCUUGCUGUUGCAAUGAACAGAUUGGGCGGUAAAUCCAACACCGGUGAGGGUGGUGAAGAUGCAGAAAGGUCCAAAGCGUCUGAUAAUGGCGAUUCCAUGAGAUCUUCGAUUAAGCAAAUUGCCUCUGGUAGAUUCGGUGUCACUUCUUAUUAUUUAUCUGAUGCCGAUGAAUUGCAGAUCAAGAUGGCUCAAGGUGCAAAGCCAGGUGAAGGUGGUGAAUUACCAGGCUAUAAAGUCUCUGAGUCAAUUGCCAAGACAAGACACUCUACUCCUGGUGUUGGUUUGAUCUCCCCACCUCCACAUCAUGAUAUUUACUCCAUUGAAGAUUUGAAGCAAUUGAUCUAUGACUUAAAAUGCUCCAACCCAAGAGCUAGAGUCUCCGUCAAACUUGUCUCAGAAGUCGGAGUUGGUAUCAUUGCUGCCGGUGUUGCAAAGGCCAAGGCAGACCACAUUUUGAUUUCUGGUCAUGACGGUGGUACAGGUGCCGCCAGAUGGACCGGUAUUAAAUAUGCUGGUUUACCAUGGGAAUUAGGUCUAGCUGAAACCCACCAAACUUUGGUGUUGAACGAUUUGAGAGGUAGAGUUGUUGUUCAAACCGACGGUCAACUGAAGACUGGUAGAGAUAUAGCUAUAGCAUGUUUGCUAGGUGCCGAAGAAUGGGGUUUUGCCACUGCUCCUUUGAUUUCUAUGGGUUGCGUUUACAACCGUAAAUGUCACACCAAUACCUGUCCAGUUGGUAUUGCAACUCAAGACCCUGUUUUGAGAAAGCAAUUUAAGGGUACACCAGAGCAUGUUAUCAACUUCUUCUUCUACGUUGCCAACGAAUUGAGAGUCAUUAUGGCCAAGCUAGGUUUCAGAACAAUCGAUGAGAUGGUUGGUAGAGCCGAAAAGUUGUAUGUCAGAGAUGAUUUAAGAACUACCAAGAAUGCAAACAUUGAUUUAUCUCCAAUCUUAACCCCUGCUCAUACUAUCAGACCAGGUGUUGCUACCAAAUGUGAAAAGAAGCAAGAUCACAGACUACAUGUUAGAUUAGACAACAAGUUGAUUGAUGAAGCUGAAAUCACAUUAGACAAGGGUUUGCCUGUCACUAUUGAGGCAGAAGCUAUCAACACCGACAGAGCAAUUGGUACUACAUUGUCUUACAGGUGCUCCAAAAAGUUUGGUCCAACUUCGCUGCCUCACGACACCAUUCAUGUCAACAUAAGAGGUUCUGCAGGUCAAUCUUUUGGUGCAUUUUUAGCUUCUGGUAUUACUCUAGAGUUGGAAGGUGAUUGUAACGAUUAUGUUGGUAAAGGUUUGUCUGGUGGUAGAUUGAUUGUUUACCCACCAAAGGACUCUAAAUUCAAGGCCGAAGAAAACAUCAUUAUUGGUAAUACCUGUUUGUAUGGUGCUACUUCAGGUACCGCAUUUUUCAGAGGUAUUGCUGCCGAAAGAUUUGCAGUUAGAAACUCUGGUGCUUACGCUGUUGUCGAAGGUACCGGUGAUCAUGGUUGUGAAUACAUGACUGGCGGUAGAGUCAUUGUUCUAGGUUCUGUCGGUCGUAACUUUGCCGCCGGUAUGUCUGGUGGUAUUGCUUACGUCUUAGACAUGGCCCAAGAUUUCGAAGAGAAGGUCAACAGAGAAUUGGUUGAGUUGACUACAUUAAGUGAUCCAGCUGAAAUUGCCUUUGUUAGAGGUCUUUUGGAAGAUCACAGACACUACACCAACUCUGAAAUUGCCUUAAGAAUCUUGAACGAUUUCAACAGAUUUUUGAAGAAGAUUGUCAAAGUCUUACCAUUCGAAUACAAGAAGGUUUUGGAAGCUGAGGCUAAAAAGACUGCAGAAAUGAAGAAGAAGGAAGUUUCCAACUAUUUCUCCACCAUCAAGGAAGACCCAGAGGCUGAUAUCACAGGUGGUGAAUUUUCCAAACCUAAGAAAUCCUCAAAGCACGAACCUAAGGUUCUUGAUUUGGAAGACACUAUGAUAGAUGUCAAGGCCGAAGAGUCAAAGGCUACGAAGUUGGACAAGGUUGGUGGAUUCAUCAAGUACUCCAGAAGACAUGAAAAAUACAGACCUGUCAAGUCUAGACUUCAAGAUUGGAAGGAAUUAUCAACCAGGUUAACUAAGGAUGAAUUGAAAUUCCAAACUGCUAGAUGUAUCGAUUGUGGUAUUCCAUUCUGUCAAUCGGAUACCGGUUGUCCAAUCUCAAACAUUAUUCCAAAAUGGAAUGAGUUGGUUUUCAAAGACAGAUGGUAUGAUGCAUUGCAAAGAUUGCUGAUGACCAACAACUUCCCUGAAUUCACUGGUAGAAUUUGUCCAGCUCCUUGUGAGGGUGCAUGUGUUGUCUAUGUUUCAGGAAAUGCGCCUGUUGGUAUCAAGUCCAUUGAGGCUGGUAUUAUAGAUCACGCCUUCAGUGAAGGAUGGAUAGUGCCAAACCCACCAAAGGUGAGAACUGGUAAGAAGAUUUCCAUUAUUGGUUCUGGUCCUUCUGGUCUAGCAGCUGCAGAUCAACUGAACAAGGCUGGACACACUGUUACUGUUUAUGAAAGGGCCGAUAAAGUCGGUGGUUUGCUGAUGUACGGUAUUCCAAAUAUGAAGUUAGACAAGGGUGUCGUUCAGCGUAGGGUUGACUUGAUGACCGCCGAAGGUAUUUCAUUCAUUACCAACACCACUAUUGGUGAAGACAUUGAGAUUGAUGACUUGAAGCAACAAAACGACGCUGUUAUUUUGGCUAUCGGUUCCACCAUUCCAAGAGAUUUAAAAAUUCCUGGAAGAGAAUUGAAAAACAUUGACUACGCCAUGACUUUGUUGACCGCAAACACUAAGGCCUUGUUAGAGAACGACUUGGAAACUAUUAGAGCUACCAUCACUGGCAAGAAUGUCAUUGUCAUUGGUGGUGGUGAUACUGGUAACGAUUGUUUGGGAACUGCCACCAGACAUGGUGCCAAGUCAGUGGUCAACUUUGAAUUGUUACCACAUCCACCAGCUGAAAGAGCAAGAGACAAUCCAUGGCCACAAUGGCCAAGAAUCUUCAGAGUCGACUAUGGUCACACUGAAGUCAAGGAACACUACGGUAAAGAUCCUAGGGAGUACUGUAUCUUGUCCAAGGAAUUCGUAGAUGACGGUGAAGGCAAUGUCAAAGGAAUCAAGACUGUUCGUGUUGAGUGGAAGAGAUCUGACUCUGGUGCAUGGCAAAUGCAAGAGAUUCCAGGCUCAGAAGAAUUCUUCCCUGCAGAUAUUGUUCUUUUGUCUAUGGGUUUCAUAGGUCCGGAAUCCGACAACUUGAAUAUUGAAAGAACCAAGAGAGGCACCAUUGCUACAUUCGAGCCAUCGUCCUACCAGACCAGCUCAGGAUCAAACCUAUUCACAGCCGGUGAUUGUAGAAGAGGACAAUCGUUGGUUGUUUGGGGUAUCCAAGAAGGUAGACAAUGUGCACGUGAAGUUGACAUAUACCUCAUGGGCAAGACCAGAUUGCCAGGCAAUGGUUCUUUUGAAAAAAGAGACUAUCGUCUACUAGAGGAGUUGGCCUCCAAGGUCUGA